UUUUACAAUCCCCUCUUGUUUCCAGGCUCGGCGCACGCUGAGGUUUUACCUCCUGCAACUUUCGCUGAAGCCAGAAGCGAAGCGCAGGACGGCGGAGCAAGGUGGCGCGUCUGUGAACCCCAUCCAACGGAGCCGUUCUCUGCCCUGCCGCGGUUUUUAGCCUUCAAAGCCAAACAAUGUCCGUCUCUGCCCUGCUCUGGAGGACCAUCCGGAUGGUUGUGACAGUGGCGCUCAUGUCGGCGUGCAGCGCGUCGGAGUACGAGUAUCUGAGCUGGAGGGCGCACACGUACAGCGCCGGGCCCAUCUACGGCAAGACCCCCCAGUGCGUGGGGAUCCCCGAGGACCUGCGGCUCUGCCACGGCGUGGGCUACCCCGACAUGCUGCUGCCCAACCUGCUGGAGCACGAAACCAUGGGGGAGGUGAAGCAGCAGGCCAGCAGCUGGGUGCCGCUGGUGCACAAGAGGUGCCACCCGGGCACGCAGGUCUUCCUCUGCUCGCUCUUUGCGCCCGUGUGCCUGGACCACCCCAUCUACCCGUGCCGCAGGCUGUGCGAGGCGGUGCGCGACGGCUGCACCCCGAUCAUGGAGGCGUUCGGCUACCCGUGGCCGGAGAUGCUCACCUGCGACAAGUUCCCCGAACACGAUGUGUGCAUCUCCAUGACGCCCAACGCCACCGAGGCCCCCGCAGGUUUGUCUCCCAUCUGCCCUCCAUGUGACAAUGAAAUGAAAACAGACACCAUGCUGGAGCACAUGUGUGCCAGCGAGUUUGCUAUCAAGGCCAAGAUAAAGGAGGUGAAACGAGAAAACAUGGACCGCAAGGUGGUCCUGCAAAAGAGGAAGAAGAUGAUAAAACCGGGGAACCUAAAGAAAAAGGACACCAAGAAGCUGGUGUUGUACCUGAAGAAUGGCGCAGACUGCCCCUGCCAGCAGCUAGACAACCUGACAAACCAGUACCUAAUCAUGGGCCGUAAGGUGGACAAGCAGUUCCUCCUCACAGGCAUCCACAAGUGGGACAAGUCCAACAACGAGUUCAAACAGGCCAUGAAAAUACUCAAGUCCUACCAAUGUCCUGAAUUCACCAACGUCUUCAAAUAGUACACGCACAGCCCCAGAUCUGGUUGAAUUUCAUUCCACAUAUGAACUGGCAAAAGCAACGGCAAACUUUGCUUUCCCUUGUCCUGUUUAUAUACCCAUAUAUCUUUGUCCUGUUACAAGUAUACUUCAGAUUGUCCCCCGUUCAGUUUUAAGUUGAACGCAAUGUGGAAUGACGACGAAAAGGUUGACCUUCCUGUUUGCCCAUCAGUUUAGGGGAAAAGACUCUUUGUCUGCCGGGUCAGAGGACGGUUUGGCUGUUCUUCCCAAACGCUCGUAUCUCUAAGAGUUAGAAGACAUUAAAACUGUUGUGUGGUAAAUAUAAAAGCUAAAGAGCCUGCAUUUUGUGAGCACACAGAAUCUCCUAUAAAAACAACCACAAGUCAAAAUGUCAGUUUGUAUUUUUCUUUCCGCACCUAAAAAUAGCAAACGUAAACGUUGUUAUGGAUAGGCCUUGCCAGCAUGUUUUUCCCUGCUUUGAUAUGCUAGAGCUGGCUGACCAAUUCUGGGCAGGAAAACAAUCCUGAAGUUUCCAGAAAUUAUUGGUUUGAUCUGUAUUUGUACAAAGGUUUGAGCUUUGACAGCGACACAGAGAGUAUGAAAUAGUGCUUUUGUAUAAUACAUUCUUUUUCAAAGCUACACAGACAUACACAGUUAGCUUUUGCUAUUUUGUCUUGUCAAAUCAUAAUGAUGUACAUUGCAAAGUCUUUGUUAGUAAUGGGUCAUGCCUUUGACGCAGUGUAUCUAAACUUUGUGUUCCUGUCUGUUCUGCUUCGGCAUUUCUGGUCCAUUUUAGCACUAUUUCUUUCUGAUUUGAAUUUCAGCAUUUCAUUGCUGCUUUUUACAUGUACAUAUAAAUUUUACAUUAAAUUUAAGAAAAACAAA